CUAUAGUUUUAGGCAAAAAUUGUAUGUUAUAUUGUAAGAGAUGAUCUUUGCGGGACGGAAAGUGUGCAUUGAUUUUAGGUGUCACCUCUGAAUUGAAAUCCUUGCUCCGCCACUGGAGAUCAGUAAUCUCAUUUUCAUUUCCAUUCUUCACAAACACGAAAUGUUAGAGUUUUGAAAUUAUAUUCGCAUUCUCCCUAAGAUACCUGCCAUCCAAACGCAGCCUAUGAUGAUGGUAACGAAGAAGAAAGCAAUACCGGGUACAUUUGUCCGAACCCAGACUUUUUGUUCAAAAAACUUCUUCCCUAAAGCCCUGAAAUUAUUCGGGCCGGAGCUCGGUUUGGCCCAGCCCGAGUUUCUCAGCCGUCCAACAAGACGAAAAGCCACAAAGAGAUUUACCGGUCCUCAUUGUACUCAAAUUAAGUCAACGUAUUUCCGUUGCAUCAAAAGAAGAAAAGGAUUUGAGUCAACGACUACUCGUUUGUCGUGACUCCUGAGUAGUCCCGUACUUCCACUCUCUCUUCCACGAAGAAUUUUUUAGUGCCGCUCGCUCCUCCUCUCUCCUCUCUCUGAUCUCUGGGCUCUCUCUCUCUCUCUCUGGCAAUGACUAUGCCCGCCUCUUUCUCUCUCCUCCUCUCCCUCACCUUCCUCACCACCACAUCCCACUUCUCACGCGCAUUCUCCCAUCCCCAUACCCACCUCCACCAACUACGCGCCUCCAUCAGACAAUCCACCAGUCCCGCCGCAAACGGCGGAGCGGUGAUGCCGGAGCUGUGGUGCGUGGCGAUGAACAACGCCAACAGCUCCGCCCUCCAGGCCGCGCUGGACUGGGCCUGCGGCCCGGGCAGCGCAGACUGCGGGUCCAUCCAGCAAGGCGGGCCCUGCUACGACGCCGGCGACAUACUAACAAUGGCGUCGUAUGCCUUCAACGACUACUUCCUUACACACGGACUGACUGACGAGAGCUGUAACUUUGACGGCACGGCGGCUCUCACCUAUCUCAAUCCCAGUCAUGGUAGCUGCAAAUUCCCAUCAAGCUUUACAGUGAAGAAUGGAAGCUUUACUGGGCCAUCAACGACAGCGGGAAUCUACCCUUCAAAUCUUGAUAUAAGCGGUGGCAGUUAUUUUUCCGGUACAUGGAAUUGGCCCUUGAUAACCAUUCAUUUUUUCUUGGCAAUUACAUUGUUUUGGGGGGGACAGUAAAAUUCAAUCCUGUUCAAUUCUAUGUAACCUGGAAACAUUACGAAACCAAAUUUUUUGUUGGAGAAGUAAAAUAUAAGGUUUUCGGUGUUGGUUUUGCAGACUUUAGUAGAUAGACUGGAUAUACUGAAUUAUGUUCUUAUAUUUCAGUAUGCAAUCCACUUUACAAAAUCAGUCGGGGUUGUGUUUGUCUGCAAACCUCUGUAUCUGAACAUUGGCCGGUAGAAGGAAACAAAAUGAGCAUUCAAAGUGCCAAAAGAAAAUUCUGUGUUGUGUCAUCUGCUUGUAUGGCUUAGGUACGCCCGUUAAUUUUGGUUAGGAGUUCAGGUAACCAUUUAAGUGUUAAACAUACAGUGGCCAGUAUUUCUUUGUCUGGUAAUUUAUAAAUUAUAUGGGAGUUGAUUUUGAUAUACUGAUAUUUAAGUAACCUCUCUAAGUAGAUGCUAUGGGGCUCUAUCCGAACUGGGUUUUUUUUUUUUUUUAGAACGGCCUAUCCAAACUGGUUUUGCCGUGUCUUCAGCGCUCAGAGUCAUAACCUUG